AUGUUAGCGCGUCAUUUCGUCACCGAUCCUAACAGUCUCAUUUCUUCCCGACCCGACUCAUCCGAAGCGGGCGAUAACGCGCCGUCACAAUUCGCCACACCCCCCGGUCGUCCGCGUCUGAUCACCACGCGCCGCCGGCCCCACUCUAAGUUCCCAUUUCGCGCGAUUUUCCUUGAUGGGUUUUGUGGGUUGUCGGGGUUUCUGACGAAAUACGUACAUUUCUGGAGCUGUCUAGGUCUGCCGGCGAUGGUGGAGGCCGCGGCCGUCGCAGAUGGCGAGGAUAAUUGGAAGAAAUCAAAAGAGGGCACAAAAUGGAAAUGGGCUAAGUUGGGUGCAGUUUUAGUGGCGGUGGUAGCCAUAGCUAUGACAUCUAGGCACGCCCAGAAUCAGACGUCCUGCUCAUGUUCUCAGGAUUCUAGAAAAUAUACAGGCAUUGUUGAGGAUUGCUGUUGUGAUUAUGAGACAGUUGACAGUCUUAAUGGGGCAGUACUGUAUCCCUUACUUCAAGAUCUUGUUAAGACUCCAUUUUUCCGAUACUUUAAGGUUAAGUUGUGGUGUGAUUGUCCAUUUUGGCCCGAUGAUGGUAUGUGCAAGUUGCGGGACUGUAGUGUCUGCGAAUGUCCAGAAAAUGAAUUUCCAGAACUUUUUAAGAAGCCAAUGCCGCGUGUUCUUGGAUCUAAUGAAUUAAUAUGCCAAGAGGAAAAGCCACAGGCCGCUGUUGACCGCACUCUAGAUUCAAAGGUCUUUAGGGGCUGGAUUGAAGUGGACAAUCCAUGGACUCAUGAGGACGAGACUGAUAAUAGUGAGAUGACGCACGUAAAUCUCCAACUAAAUCCCGAACGAUAUACUGGAUAUACAGGGCCAUCAGCUCGAAGGAUAUGGGAUGCUGUAUAUUCUGAAAAUUGUCAAAAGUAUUCAUCAGGAGAGAUUUGCCAGGAGAAAAGAGUCUUGUACAAGUUAAUUUCCGGCCUGCAUUCCUCAAUUUCAAUUCACAUUGCCUCUGACUACUUGCUUGAUGAAGCUAAAAAUCUGUGGGGUAGAAAUCUAGAGUUAAUGUACGAUCGUGUUCUGAGGUAUCCUGAUCGAGUGAGGAACUUAUACUUCACGUUCAUGUUUGUACUCCGAGCCGUAACAAAAGCCGCAAAUUACUUGGAGCAAGCCGAAUAUGAUACUGGAAAUAUUAACGAGGACCUUAAAGUGCAGUCCUUAAUGCGACAGUUGCUCGACAAUCCAAAGCUGCAGUCUGCAUGUCCACUUCCAUUUGAUGAAGCUAAAUUGUGGCAAGGAAAAGGUGGGCCCGAGCUGAAGCUGGAGAUUCAGAAGCAGUUCAGGAACAUCAGUGCUCUAAUGGAUUGUGUUGGAUGUGAAAAAUGCCGGCUUUGGGGAAAACUUCAGAUGCUUGGUCUUGGAACUGCACUGAAGAUUCUCUUCUCAGUCGACGGUAAAAGCCAUCCAAAUGAACCUCUGGAACUGCAAAGAAAUGAAGUGAUUGCCUUGGUGAACUUGCUUAAUCGAUUGUCCGAAUCUGUCAAACAUGUAAAUGAAAUCGGCCCUUCAAUCGAGCAGAAAGUAGCUCCUCCGAGGUUUAUCUCUGUGAACAAGCGUCCACCGAUCAAAACCCUCGACACCAUUGAUGAAGAAAAGGCUUAUUCAGCAGCCUUUUCUCCAUCAUCAAGAAAAAUGAUCGAUGGGGAGGGAUAUGAUCGAGGCCAAGUCUCGCCUUUCGAGUGA